AUGUCUCCUUCUGCCGAUACCCCAGAGACCCCCAACUCCGCCGAUUCCACGGUUCUGAGCUUGAGAAAAUCCCUCUGUUCCGAGGACACCCCUCUUCCCAUCCGUUUUCGUGCUCUUUUCUCACUGAAGCACGUGGCGACCACCUCGGAUGACGAUACUACAAGGAUUGCAGCCAUCGAAGCCAUCGCUGCCGGAUUCACCUCACCUUCAGCCUUGCUCAAGCAUGAGCUCGCAUACUGUCUAGGACAGACAGGCAACCCCGCUGCUGUCAAGCCUCUCCGACAGGUUCUGGCUGAUUUGAAGGAGGAUCCAAUGUGCCGCCAUGAAGCUGCCGAAGCCCUUGGCGCCCUAGGCUGGGCCGACAACCUGGAUAUCCUCCGCGAGUACCGAGAUCGUAAAGAAGAGGACAUAAGCAUUAUCGAGACAUGCGAGAUCGCUAUCGAGCGCAUUGAAUGGGAGAACUCAGAACAGCGACGAAAGGAAAAGUUGCGCCCUAGUGAUUUUGCCUCUAUCGAUCCUGCGCCCCCAAUGCCCGAAUCCGAACAGAAGGCCGAAGUCGAGGAGCUUGGCCACAAGCUCAUGGAUACAAAUCUGCCUCUAUUCCUUCGUUACCGCGCCAUGUUUGCUCUCCGCGAUCUGGCAUCACCUCCCGACCUACCCACUGCUGUCCCCGCCGUUCUCGCUCUUGCUAAAGGAUUGUCCGACUCGUCUGCACUCUUCCGACACGAGAUCGCCUUUGUAUUUGGCCAGCUUUCACACCCCGCUUCUAUCCCAGCCCUGACUGAGGCAUUGAGUAACGUCAACGAGGCUAGCAUGGUUCGACAUGAAGCGGCCGAGGCACUUGGCAGCCUGGGCGAGGAGGAAGGUGUCGAGGCUACCCUAAGAAAGUUCCUUCAUGACAAGGAAAAGGUUGUUCGAGAGAGUUGCAUUGUUGCGCUGGAUAUCGCUGAGUAUGAGAAGGGUGGAGAGGCUGAGUAUGCUUUGAUUCCCGAGACCGCAGGAGUUUCUGUAUGA